CGGCGGCGGCGGCAGAGCGGGGUCGGUUCUCGGGAGCGCUCGCCCAUGUGGAGCCGUCUGCCGGGCGUCCGUGGCCCGCAGAACAGAACAUUGGAUUCCCUGGGACUGGAGUUAUAGACAGUUGUGAGCUGCCAUUUUUUUUGGAGCUGUGAGGGAUACAGAAGUUUGAUCAGUAUUGUGUUAACAUGCUUCAGAUAAAUCAGAUGUUUUCGGUGCAGCUGAGUCUUGGUGAGCAGACAUGGGAAUCCGAAGGGAGCAGUAUAAAGAAGGCCCAACAGGCUGUUGCUAACAAAGCUUUGACUGAAUCUACGCUUCCCAAACCAGUUCAGAAACCACCUAAAAGUAAUGUCAAUAGUAACCCAGGUAGUAUAACUCCUACUGUGGAACUGAAUGGGCUCGCUAUGAAAAGGGGGGAGCCUGCCAUCUACAGGCCGUUAGAUCCAAAGCCAGUCCCAAAUUACAGAGCCAACUACAACUUCCGGGGCAUGUACAACCAGAGGUAUCAUUGCCCAAUGCCCAAGAUCUUUUAUGUUCAGUUAACUGUAGGAAAUAAUGAAUUCUUCGGUGAAGGGAAGACUCGCCAAGCUGCCAGACACAAUGCCGCGAUGAAAGCGCUUCAAGCCCUGCAGAAUGAGCCGAUUCCAGAAAGGUCUCCCCAGAAUGGUGAAUCAGGAAAAGAAAUGGAUGACGAUAAAGAUGCAAAUAAAUCUGAAAUAAGCUUAGUGUUUGAAAUUGCGCUGAAGAGAAAUAUGCCUGUCAGUUUUGAGGUUAUUAAGGAAAGUGGACCACCACAUAUGAAGAGUUUUGUAACUCGGGUGUCAGUGGGAGAAUUUUCUGCAGAAGGAGAGGGAAAUAGCAAAAAACUCUCCAAGAAGCGUGCAGCAACCACUGUUUUACAGGAGCUUAAAAAACUCCCACCUCUUCCUGUGGUAGAGAAGCCAAAACUAUUUUUUAAAAAACGCCCUAAAACAAUAGUAAAGGCUGGACCCGACUAUGGUCAAGGAAUGAACCCCAUUAGCCGCCUGGCUCAAAUCCAGCAGGCCAGAAAGGAAAAGGAACCUGAUUACAUUUUACUUUCAGAACGAGGAAUGCCUCGCCGUCGAGAGUUUGUAAUGCAGGUCAAGGUAGGCAAUGAAGUUGCGACUGGAACAGGACCCAAUAAAAAGAUAGCCAAAAAAAAUGCUGCUGAAGCAAUGCUGUUACAGCUUGGCUAUAAAGCGUCCACCAGUCUUCAGGAUCCGCUCGACAAGACAGGUGAAAACAAAGGAUGGAGUGGUCCAAAGCCUGGGUUUCCUGAACCAACAAAUAACACUCCAAAAGGAAUUCUUCAUCUUUCUCCUGAUGUUUAUCAAGAGAUGGAAGCUAGCCGCCACAGAGUGACCUCUGGCACAAGUCUAAGCUACUUAUCACCCAAAGACAUGAACCAACCUUCAAGCUCUUUCUUCAGUGUGUCUCCCUCAUCAACUAGUUCAGCCACAGUUGCCAGGGAGCUCCUUAUGAACGGAACAUCUCCUACUGCUGAAGCCAUAGGUUUAAAAGGAAGUUCUCCUACUUCCCCUUGUUCUUCAGUACAGCCUUCAAAACAACUGGAAUAUUUAGCAAGGAUUCAAGGCUUUCAGGCAGCCUUAAGUGCCUUGAAACAGUUUUCUGAACAAGGACUGGAAUCGGUUGAUGGGGCGGUGAAUGUUGAAAAGGGUUCUCUUGAAAAACAAGCCGAGCAUCUGCGGGAGAAAGCAGACAGUAACCAGGCGAAGCCGGCCUCCAUCUCUCAGGACUGCGAGAAAUCAAAGUCGGCCAUCUAGCAGCUCCCAGAACCCACAGCUGCCACUGCGUCCGUAUAAACCUGUCAGCACGCACGAGGGUGUCUGUGUUCUAGGAAAUGAAUGACUAAUACCAUUAUCUGAGUCUUAAUGUGAAGACAACACUAUUCUAACACAGGAGAUAAUGUACUUGGUACUGUUUAUUCAACUGGGGGAAAAUAAAACUUUGAGCAUUUCCCUUGGAACUUGAGAUCAGAUCAUAACUCACUUGCCCAGAGGCGGCAGAAAUCUGAUCCCACUACUGGAGCUUAAAAAUAACAAUUAAUGAAAAGUGUUAGAAGCGAGGCCGCAGUUUUAAAAUGACUUGGUUCUGUCCUUGCAAUUGCUUUGUCGUGGCAAGUGUGUUCUACUCUCUCUUGUUUGAAAUAAUGCUUGACAAUUCAGAAAUUAACCAAUGAUGUGCUGUGGAAUGUGAUGCUUGUCCUCAUGUAGUCUCACGGUUUCUCUUUAUGCAGAUAUUGGUAACCUUCGUCUUGCACAUACACACAAAUUACUUUAAGGUGCAUAGCACAAAGAUGUAUGCAAACAACUGCUCUAAAUCAGGUCUGAUAACGGAUUUAAAUAUAAAUAAUAUUAGGAACAAGUAGUUUCCAUAUAUUUCAGGACUUUUAAAAAGACAAAAUGAAACAAAACUGAGCAGUUGUGGGUUUUGUGCUAUAGGAUGCCAUCAGCCAUCGAGGGGGCGUCUUGCCUCUGCCCAUCGCUCCAGGAGUCUACUCUGUCGUGGAAAUUGUGCCCACCCCCAUCUGUGUGUUGUAGCCACUUACUGUUUGCAUCGAGUGUCUUUAGUAACUGCCUCUGGACUCGAACAGUGAGUAGGAUCAAAAUAAAUACUGUACAUGGCGGGGAAGGGAAUGCCUGUCGGAGAAGCCUCUAGCCAAUCACGCUCUGGACCAGCAUGUUGGAAUCCAGCGUGGGGCAAAUGCAGUAAAGAUUUGUUCCGUUUCUGU